AUGGCAGCCUCAAAGACAAACAAUCAGAAUCAGCAUACACCUCAUGGCAGCAUCGUGGAAACUGUCCUGCAGCGGCUAGACACAAUAUUUGAGGACUUUUGGCUAAAGUUACAGCAACGAAUGCAGCCUUGUCUCCAGGAGCAGCAGAAAGAAACAAAGGGGAACCAGCGGACACGGCAGUGUGGGCCUUCUCUGAGAGACCUUAAAGCACAAGUCCACCUGGGCUGA